UGCAGCCACGCACUACUCGUUCGCCGGGUCUUCUCUUAGGGAGGCGCGGUUCAUCUCCAACGAACCUGUUGUUUGCCGUUGAUCACGUGACAACCCCUUUGCCUCCAGCGGUGUGCUUGUCCGUGUUUGAUGUGACGUCACGUGUUUCUUCGCCCGCAGGCUACAGAAACGCUUAAAAGCUGUACACAGCGGGGCAGACCGAACCCAGCCCGUUCACCGUGGAAGCAGGAAGGACACCCGGUGGUUCUUGGACCAAAGCGGCUCUGUCGUAAUCUCGUGUGUGUUUAGAGCAAAGGUCUCGGUGACGCUGGAACAUUUAAGUUGCCGUUAAGCGGAACGGAGAGAAUCGCUGUUGAACCGAAUCUGUAACGUUAGACUGUAGAAGCCGUCCGGUGACAUUAUGAAUUUCUUCCUGGAAACACUAAAAGUCCUCCUGCUGUCUAUCUGGUACAACGUGGAGUCUUUCAUCCACCUGUUUGUCCCCAAGAAGAAGAAGAACAUCGCUGGUGAGGUGGUUCUGAUCACUGGCUCGGGUAGUGGCAUCGGGCGCCUCAUGGCCCAGGAGUUUGCGGCUCUUGGUACAGUACUGGUGCUGUGGGACAUUAACCAGGAGGGAAUGAAGGAGACGGCGAGGCUGGCCAAGAGCAGCGGCGCCACUAGAGUCCACUACUACCUGUGUGACUGCAGUGACAAGAACGAGGUUUAUAGAGUGGCUGACCAGGUGAAACGGGAGGUGGGUGACGUCAGCAUCCUGGUGAACAACGCUGGCAUCGUGACAGGAAAGAAGUUCAUGGAUGCUCCUGAUUCUCUGAUUGAAAAGACUAUGGAGGUCAACAUAAUGGCUCACUUCUGGACCUACAAGGCUUUCCUCCCGGCCAUGAUCGCCAACAACCACGGGCAUCUUGUCAGCAUUGCCAGUUCUGCUGGUCUCAUAGGAGUCAAUGGAUUAGCAGACUACUGUGCCAGUAAGUUUGCAGCAGUAGGUUUUGCAGAAUCCGUGGGUCUGGAGCUGCUGGCAAGUGGAAAGGACGGCGUGAAAACCACCAUCGUGUGCCCAUACUUCAUCAAUACUGGGAUGUUUGAUGGCUGUCAAACCAAGUGGCCAAGACUAAUGCCAAUCCUGAAGCCUGACUAUGUGUCCAAGAAGAUCAUCAACGCUGUGCUCACAGACCAGGUCUUUCUCCUGGUGCCCAAGAGCAUGUACCUUCUGGCCGCUCUGAAGAACAUCCUCCCUAUGAAGCAGGGCAUUCUGUUGGGCCAAUACAUGGGAGCCUUCAACCUGAUGGACAAGUUCAAGGGGCGCUCUAUAAAGCAGGAAUGAGAGAGAAAGCAUCACCUAAAUGUAUUUUAACCAAUGAUCUGUUUUAAUCUAACUGAAUCUUCCUUCCAUUAUACUCUGUGCUGGUGCUGUAUAACUCAGUGGUGGCAAUGAACGGACUGAAAUCUAAUAGUGAAGGCCUCAUUCGGGUCAGCUCACUACUUCAUCACUUGUUUUAGUUUGACAUUUUGUUCAGUUAUAUGUGCUUUGGAUCAAGGACCACUCCUGAUGGAUCAUGAAAUAGUUUGGUUGUUGUUCCUGUAGCCAGUGUUCAUGACUGAGUGAAACAGCAUUACACUAAUCAUCACCAAGCUGUUCCUGCUCUGCUCUACAGUGACAGUGACAACUGUGCUAAAGCUGAAGCUAGCAAUUAAAAAAAGACGUCUGCUGGAUCGAACCCGAGGAUAGCCUCUUCAGGGUUCAUUUCAUCAUUUCAUUGAUGUAUCAUUAACAUUGUUAUGAAUGUUGUAAACAUUGCUAAUACUCAGGUAAAGUGAACCAUAUGUGUCUGAUACGUCUCCCGGUUAAGACUGUGAUGGUCCAGAGCAGACCUGGUCCAGCUUGUAUAAUAAUAAUAAUAAUAAUAAGAAGGAUCAUCAAUAAUAGAAGUAAUGUAGAUGGAUUAAUAGAUCAUGUACUGGUAACACUGAAGCAAGAUGUAUAUACACACACAUACAUACAUUCUAUCCAAGGUUGUGUCAUAGCGCUUGUAUGUUAUAUUAUGUCACUGUUUACCAGCACGAGCAUAUGUCAUAUGUGGAAGUUGGUGUUUUUAUGUUAAUGUGUAAAAGAUAUCCAUUCUAUGAAGGGAUUGCAGUUCAAAGCACCGAUUGCCUUAAUUAUGAUUAUGAAGAAAAAUGGGCCAAAUAAAUGUCAGGAAGCCGGCGGUUAUUCUAACCGUAUAUUGUACAUGUCUUGGUUCUAAAACAUCACUGUCACAAUGUCACUGUUAACUACCUGCAACUGAAAUGUUGAAAAUACAGAUCAUCAGUUUUAA